UCCCAAAACUGUGAAAGAAAAUUACCUGUGUGAUUUUUUGUUUUUUUUUUUUUUGCACUUUGGGUAUUUGAUUUUUUGUGUUUGAAGGGAGAAGGGAAAAAAAGGGUUUGUUUUGAGGGGUGUUUUGCAAGACGGGGCAUGGAUUCCAAGAUUGAAAUCAAGGUGACCAAUCCAAAGAACGGAGAUAAGGUAGUGCAUUCGGUGAGACCAGGUCAUGCCACGUCACCGUCACCAUCGUCACAGCCAUCUCAGUCGUCUGACGGGCGGCGUAGGCGGCAGGGACAGGGGAACAGGGGCAGGGAAGGGCAGCAUGCAGGGCGGUUGAUUGAUUUCAUGCCGUUUAAAAAAUGGGUGCCUUGGAUGAUUCCAGGCUUUGUUUUGGUUAAUAUUUUCCUUUUCAUGAUAACAAUGUACAUUAAUAAUUGUCCCAAGAACUCGAAGAAAUGUGUGGGGAGCUUCCUGGGCAGGUUCUCGUUUCAGCCCUUCAAAGAGAAUCCCCUACUUGGCCCUUCUUCUUCUACAUUAGAGAAAAUGGGUGCUCUUGAAGUGUCUAAAGUUGUCAAAAGUCGUCAAGCAUGGCGCAUGAUUUCUUGUAUAUGGUUGCAUGCUGGUGUUUUCCACAUACUUGCAAACAUGUUGAGUCUUUUAUUCAUUGGAAUUCGACUUGAGCAGGAAUUCGGGUUUGUGAGAAUCGGGAUGCUUUAUCUGAUCGCUGGUUUCGGUGGGAGUAUACUGUCAUCUCUUUUUAUUCAGACCGGUAUAUCGGUUGGUGCCUCUGGUGCACUUUUUGGUUUACUAGGAAGCAUGCUCUCAGAACUAAUCACAAACUGGACAAUAUAUUCAAAUAAGUUUGCAGCGUUGUUAACUCUUGUUUUGGUUAUCGUAAUAAAUCUAGCUAUGGGAAUCCUCCCACACGUGGAUAACUUUGCUCACAUCGGAGGAUUUAUCUCCGGCUUCCUCCUCGGUUUCGUGUUCCUAAUCCGUCCCCAGUUUGGAUAUGUUAGUCAGAAAAAGGUUCCUCCAGGAUACAUUGCACCUUCUCGUAAACCUAAACAUAAGACAUACCAGUACGUCUUGUGGGUCUGUUCUCUGAUACUAUUGAUUGCAGGAUUCGCCAUUGGCCUAAUACUUCUCCUUCGAGGGGUUAACUUGAAUGAACACUGUUCUUGGUGUCAUUAUAUGAGUUGUAUCCCGACGCCAUUGUGGAGCUGCAAAAACCGACAAGUGUAUUGUCAGUCGACCGAGUUCGGGAAAUCGUUGAACUUGACAUGCAUAAGCAAUGGGAAAAGCGAAAUCUAUCCGUUAACAGAGGAAAACACUUCCCAAGUUCAACAACUAUGUUCUAAGCUCUGUGGUUGA